GCGAACACUCUCGAACUCUACCCAAAACUCCAAGCCCACCUCUUACUCUCCCUCCUUUUCUAUCUAUUCUAGGGUUUCUAUAUCAUUUACCCGCACACGCACACUUUUUCUCUCACGAACCCACUCUCUAAGACUCUGAACUAAGCGAUCUGAUCAACAAUGGCUGCCCCAGCGGUCGUCCAAGCCCCACGCUCAGGCCCUUCGAAGACCGAGACCUUCACGGACAACAAGCGGAAAGACGACGUCCGAAUGGCGAACAUAGCGGCGGCGCAAUCGGUUGCCAGUGCUGUCCGGACGAGCUUAGGUCCUAAGGGUAUGGACAAGAUGAUCUGCACGGCUUCUGGCGAGGUCAUAAUCACCAAUGACGGCGCAACCAUUUUGAAUAAGAUGGAAGUCCUCCAACCCGCCGCUAAAUUCCUCGUUGAGCUCUCCAAGUCCCAGGACGUUGUAGCCGGUGACGGCACUACCACCGUCGUCGUUAUCGCUGGCGCAUUGCUCAAACAAUGCCUCUCUCUUCUAAGUUCAGGUAUUCACCCGACCAUUGUCUCGGAAGCUCUUCACAAGGCUUCUAUAAAGGCAGUUGAAGUAUUAACAGCAAUGGCUAUACCACUAGAAUUGUCAGACUCUGAAUCGCUAAUCAAAGCUGCUACCACCUCUUUAAAUAGUAAAGUGGUUUCACAGUAUUCUUUGCUUUUGGCUCCACUAGCUGUUGAUGCUGUACUCUCAGCUGUAGACCCCGCAAAAUCAGACAUGGUUGAUCUGAGGGAUAUUAAGAUUGUGAAGAAACUGGGAGGGACUGUCGAUGAUACUGAGCUAGUUAAGGGUUUGGUUUUUGAUAAGAAAGUGAGUCAUUCCUCAGGUGGACUGACCCGGGUUGAAAAUGCUAAGAUUGCAGUGAUUCAGUUUCAGAUUUCCCCACCAAAGACCGAUAUUGAGCAAUCAAUUGUGGUUUCAGACUAUACACAGAUGGAUAGGAUAUUGAAGGAAGAGAGGAAUUAUAUUCUGGGGAUGAUUAAGAAGAUUAAAGCAACGGGAUGUAAUGUGUUGUUGAUUCAGAAGAGCAUUUUGAGGGACGCAGUGACAGCCUUAUCAUUGCAUUAUCUGGCAAAGGCGAAGAUUUUGGUGAUUAAGGAUGUAGAGAGAGAUGAGAUUGAAUUUAUCACAAAGACAUUGAAUUGUUUGCCUAUUGCAAAUAUUGAGCAUUUUAGAGCUGAAAAGUUGGGGUACGCAGAUUUGGUUGAGGAGGUUUCGUUGGGGGAUGGUGGGAAGAUUGUGAAGAUUACCGGGAUUAAGGAUAUGGGAAGGACCACAACAGUGCUGGUUCGUGGGUCAAAUCAGUUGGUCAUUGAUGAGGCUGAACGUAGCUUGCAUGAUGCAUUGUGCGUGGUGAGGUGUUUGGUAAAUAAGAGGUUCUUGAUUGCAGGUGGUGGGGCACCUGAGAUUGAGCUUUCAAGGCAAUUGGGUACAUGGGCCAAGGUUUUGCAAGGGAUGGAGAGCUACUGUGUCAGGUCAUUUGCGGAGGCACUUGAGGUUAUUCCGUAUACGUUGGCUGAGAAUGCAGGGUUAAACCCAAUUGCUAUUGUGACUGAGUUGAGGAAUAGGCACGCACAAGGUGAGAUACAUGCUGGGAUCAAUGUGAGGAAGGGGCAAAUCACUAAUAUCUUGGAGGAGAAUGUGGUGCAGCCACUGCUGGUGAGCACAAGCGCUAUCUCUCUAGCGACAGAGUGUGUGCGGAUGAUUUUGAAGAUUGAUGAUAUUGUUACAGUGAGGUAGAUUUGUCAGAACACGAUAAUGGUGGGGCAUGAGAAAAUUGUUUUUCAUAUUAUCUUUUUAUUUGUGUGCUUCUGGAAUUAGUGAUCUCUCAGGUUUUUUGGUUAUAUGUAAUGACUUUUUUCUUUGCUGCUUUUGUUAAACUCAAGUUAACUGUGAUUUGGUUAAUCUAUGGUUUUUAUUUGAAUCUUUAUUGGCUCUUUUGGGUUCAUGUUCUACUAGUGAUAAUCUCUUUGUAUUUGGUCAUAUUAAGUGCCAUACCAAAUGACAAUCUUAAAUAGAAGUAACAAUUAUUUGACCUU